GAACACACGAGAACAUAACAGAAAAAGAAAAAAAGAAAAGAUUUUUGCCGUCUCUUUCGCCAUGAAGCAGAAGAAGUCCAAACCCAAGAAGCCCCAAACCAAAAACUCUAAACAUGGAAAGCAGGCUGAUUUAGCACAAUUUCGCUCACAACUUGAUGACUUGGGUUUAAAAAUUAUUCAAGUGACGGCGGAUGGAAAUUGCUUCUUCAGUUUGCUUGAGAUGCUCUGCAGGGCUAUAGCUGACCAGCUGGAAGGAAAUGAAGAGGAACAUGCAAAGUAUCGCAACACGGUGGUACAGUAUAUCUUGACCCAUAGGGAGGACUUUGAACCAUUUAUUGAGGACGAGGUGCCAUUUGAUGAGUAUUGCAAGUCCAUGGAAAAAGAUGGUACAUGGGCAGGGAAUCUGGAAUUGCAAGCAGCUUCUCUUGUUACCAGAAGAAAUAUCUGCAUUCAUCAGGCUAAUUCUCCUCGAUGGUACAUAAGCAAUUUCAGUGGUGGUGAAACUACUAUGAUUCAUCUGAGUUAUCAUGAUGGUGAACACUACAAUAGCAUUAGGUUGGUGGACGAUGCUUGUGAAGGACCUUCCAAGCCAAUCAUUAUCAAGGUUGAUGCUAAUAUAUCUGUAGUGGACCAUAAAAGGAAAGAUGCGAGCAAUGGAUCAAAAGUAUCCUCUCAUAGAAAUGGCUUUGACUCUGGAUCAGUUAAGUUGGUCAUGGCUGGAACAGGUUGUGCAAAUAUGAAAAAAGUUGAGCAGAUUUUACAAGAAGUUAAUGGUGAUGCUGAUGCUGCAAUUGAGUUUCUGAUUGCAGAGCAACAAGCAGAUGUUAAUGCUGAUGAAAGUGAUGGUAUUCCCUGUCAGACUAUCGGAGAUGAUAAAAAUGGGAACGAUGAAAAUGACAACUCUGAGAGGCCAGAGGUCUCAACCGGGGAUGCAAAAUGUGAACAUAAUCAUUCCAGAGGUGAUUUUCAAUCAGUUCAGUGUCAUAGCAAUGAUAAGGAAGAAGAAACUAAUGAGGAAUGUUCAUGUGGAUCAAAGAAGAAGUACAAGGCUUGUUGUGGUUCAACCGUCGGAAAGUCCUCAAAAGCACCUAUAAUCUCCAGUACGAACAGACGUCCUGCUCGCAAAGGCAAGAAGGAGAUAAAACGAACCAAGAAAAAAGAAGCCACUAGAGGAAUACAAAAAUGUCAAUCUGGAAUCUUAACAGAUGUUGGUGCUCUUUGCAUUUGACCAAUGAUUUAAGAAUAUGAAUUUGAAGAAUAGCUCCUUCAACUUCCUGCAUACGCUGAAAGAGUGCCUUAAAAUAGAAUAAAAAAUUAAGAUUUUGUUAACAUUUUCCAGUACAUAGUUCACGCCAUUUUCAUUCAGGUACAUGAUAGUGAUGAUCGAUAGUGAUGAUCCAAUGAGAUAUUGAGCGACAUAACAAGUCGGCAGAGCUUGAAUCAUGAAGGACGCUGGUCAAGUAACUCUUUAUUGGGCUUGGAUUUUGGUUCUGGAAGUCGUGCAAAUACUGUGUAGUGGUGGGUAACACAGCUUAUAGCGAAAUCAAUGUGUAUUUGUUGUUGACAGAGUCCAAGUCAUGGUAUUUGACGUGCCUUCAAAAAAUUUCGUGUUUUGCAUGUUAAGGCUCACAGCCGCAAACAAAAAUGUAAAUUCGUCUAUGUAACGAAGAUGUAAAUUCAUCUAUGUAUUAGAAAAUAUUCGAUGCCUCUUCAUGUGUAUUCAAGACGAAAAAAAUAAAAAACUAUUAACAAAGGCAUAUUUUCCUU